AUGAAGGAUUGUCCUGACAAAACUAAGAGUGAAACAAGAAAGUGGUGCUCAUACCACAAGUCAACAACGCAUAGUGAUAGUACCUGUCGAAGACAUCAACGAAAAGACCCAGAAGCUACAAAAGUAAAACAAGCGACAUUUGGUGGCCAGUCCGGUGACCCAGGGGAUGAACACUCAUACACUUUUCAUGUGCAAGGGAGCCACCUUAAGCAGUCACAGUACAAAGCAAAUGGGAUGCUUGUUGAUACUGGAGCUACAUCUCAUAUUGUUACAAAAGAUGUAUUGAAACGUGUUGAUGGUAACUUUAACCCAGCAAAGCAUUACAUGGAACUUGCUGAUGGGACACGUAGAAAUAAUGUAGCACUGAAACGUGGAGGUGCUGAAGUAUCAAUAGCAGAUGAAAAUGGAAAAUAUGUGAAAGCUGUUCUGAAAGACGCACUGUUCAUACCAACGUUAGCCUGCAUGGCAGGCGGUCUAAAAUAGCGCCUGCUGGGUUUGGCAGUGUAAUUUGAUAACCGCCCACUUUUUUGUCCAUCGGUCCAAUUAGCCAAUCAGCAAACACUAAAUAUAUUAAUAAUCAAACUGUCAAACACUCAAACUAUGUUAUUGUCUGAUCGCAAAAUUGCAAAUAUAAAAUAUGUCGAAAGAAACGCCAUUGAAAGUUUCAAUCAGGACCUCUGAAUAACGACAAGAGGUAGAAAAGCAAGCGCGGAAAAUGUAAAUGACCACUUUCGUUUGUCUACUAAGUGUGCUUUGAAACUAAAACACGGGCAAUAGAGAAAAUAUCUUAUAUAUCGUCGGAGAAUUUUGCAAGCAAAAGAAACGAUUACGACAGUGGCAAAACCUUGGCCGAUCAAUAAGCCGAUCACGAAUUGUGUUCAGUUCACUUAGGAUUUGAAGUUAGUUCUACCUCGGAACUAUCCGACAGAGUUUGUAAACCGUGUGGACGAAAGAUCCGAAACGAAAGCGAACUGAUUGCCAUAUUAAAUCAAACGAGACAUAAACGCGUUGCCUGUGUACGUAUCGAACAAAUAGACUGUUGUAUAAAAACGUCGGUUGCCAAUAUAAACUGUCUUGUCUCCCUAACGAAGCCGUGUGUUAAAGAAAGCCCUAAAAUGCGGCUAAUAGGCCUAGGCGUAGUAGUCCUGUUAUAAAACCCGUUGCAAGAAAGACUAUACUAGACUAGACCGUCUGUAUUUAUUCUCGUUAUAUUUUCUCGCGCCAACAAGAACAAUGUAAAAAUCGAGCUUUUCCCAUAACCUGUAAACGGCCAAAACAUUCAUUCCAAGGAGUAAAUCUUUAACUGCUAUCUUUUGCUCGCGUUUGUAUUAAGAAUCAGUUUGCGUUUCGACAUUCGAGAAACCUUCAGUUAAAAUUAAAAGCGAAUCAAUUCCAGUCCACUGGUGGACGGGGAAUUCGAUUACACUGCCAAACCCAGCAGGCGGUAUUUCCCAGGCUUGCCUGAUUUUAGGGACCGCCUGCCAUGCAGGCUAUACCAACGUAUCCACAGGAUAUAUUUUCUGUUAGAGCAGCUACUUCAAAUGGAGCCAAAGUAAAGUUCUCACAAGAUAAAAAUGAACUUGUCUACAAAGAUGGUACAACUUUCAUUAUUGAGGAACAUGAACGCUUGUAUUAUUUGAACACUGUUAAUCAACUAAAUGAUGAUAGCAAUAUAAGUAGUUCAUAUGAUAAGGUAAGUCUUGCAUGCAAUAUUUACAAGUGGCAUGAAAUAUUAGGGCAUUGCAAUUUCGAUGAUAUAUUGAAACUAGAAAAUGUAGUCACUGGAAUGAAAGUUGUAGGGAAGGUAGAUAGGUCCAAGUUAGAAUGUGGUACAUGUACGAAAGGGAAGUUUGCAAAUUGUAGAAAUAGAGCGCCAGAUAGUCGAGCUACAAAACUCUUAGAAAAGGUACAUACAGACUUAGCAGGUCCCAUGUCCAAAAAUGGUUUUAAAUAUUGCAUUGCAUUCACUGAUGAUUUUUCUGGAGCCAUUUUUGUAUAUUUCCUUAGAAAUAAGACUGACACCCUAUUAGCAACUGUGAACUUUCUUGCUGAUUGUGCACCUUAUGGCCAGGUAAAGUGCUUGAGGUCAGAUAAUGGCACAGAAUUUAUGAAUGGUGAUUUCCAAGAUCUUCUUAGGAAAAGAGCCAUUAAGCAUGAAACUUCUUGUCCAAAUUCUCCCCACCAGAACGGAACAGCGGAAAGGUAUUGGCGGACACUAUUUGAAAUGGCUAGGUGUUUGUUGUUGGAGAGUGGUGUGCCAAAGAUAUUGUGGCCAUAUGCCGUCCAAACUGCUGCUCAUAUUAGAAAUAGGUGUUACAACAACAGGACUAAGAGUACACCCUAUUUUAGCAUGACAGGGAGAAAACCAGACCUGUCAAAGAUGUGGGUGUUUGGCUCAGAGUGUUACAUUUAUAACUAUGAUCAUAAGAAACUAGACCCUAGGUGUAUAAAAGGAGUAUUUGUCGGUUAUGAUAAGAACAGCCCAGCCCACCUUGUUCAUCACCCACAGUGUGGUAAAGUCAUGAAACACAGAUUAGUAAAGUUUAUUAAGAAUACCAGUGCAGAACAAUGCACACAGACUGAAAUUGAUGAUCUAGGUCUUUGUGGAAAGGAGGAAAAUGAAAUUUCCCCAAAUAAUGUUCAGGGACAGGAGAAAGAUUCUCCCGAACCUGAAGAAAUUGUUGAAAACUUUGAUUUAGGCGAAGGGCCACAGUUAGAUGUUGAAGAUAGUAAAGAGGUUGAAGAUGAUUACGAGACUAAGGUUUAUCCUCAGAGGGAGAGAAAAGUCCCACAAUAUUUUGGAGUCAAUAAUUCAGCCAAUGUAAGGGACCGUUCAUUAUUUAUGCCUCAGGGGGGCACCGAAGAGAAAUAAAAAUUGGCUACUUUUUUUUAAUUACCCAACCAUUUUCGAAGUAUUAUUUUCUUUUACCCAACCCUUAUGCAACUCAAGAUUUGUAUCGUUAUAAACAGCUUGUUUUUCAUAUAUAAACUACUUGUUUGAUACACACACAUGAACAUUGAAUUUCAAAACUAUUUUUACUCAAGUAAAGAAAUUUGAAAAAUCCAGAUAAAGGACACCUACCAGAGGGUUCCUAUUCAGUAAAGGCUAAUUUUUCCUUUACCCACCAUUUCUACAUACCAAAUUAUUGGUUACCCACCCCAUUUCUCUUCGGUGCCCCCCUGAGGCAUAAAUAAUGAACGGUCCCCAAAUGUUGAUUAUUGUUAUAAAGUUUGAAGCAGAAAUCCCGAAAAUCCAGUGUCAGUGAACGACACAACAUCAAACGUUUGAAAGGUUCUUUAUGCACCUAUCAUUGUUUCCCCCUGAGGGGGGGGGGGGGAUGCGGGAAACCCAAGGGACUUUGACCACACUAUGAAGCCAGGGGACUUUGACCACACUAUGAAUUUGACCAUGCAUCAACUCCCAGAGUCGGGAAAUUUUGACAUCCGCCAUCUUGAAAGUUUGCGCGGUUUUGACAUUGAAAGGCCUGGUAAUAAAUAUGGCGGAGAAGCACGAUCAAGUUUCAUCGAAAAUGGUAUUUUAUAGCCUUUUAUACACAGUGUCUCAAUUUUUACCAAGUUUAAACCAGUAUAGACUGUAUGUUCGCAUUGGAAAACAUAGGUGUGCCUUGUUAUCUUAGGAAUAUAGUGGGGAAUUUUAACAGCCGUUCCUUGCCCAACAGUGGGGAUUUUGACUACAAAAUUUUAAAAAUGUCAAAAUUCCCCUUGGUUGCAUUAUUAUAUAGAUACUGAUAUUUAAAGAAUGAGUCUCAACCGUGAUGUAUUGCGCGCUUGUGUUUAUUUACAAACGCUGAAAGAACCUGUCCGAAGGCAAACACGCAGGCAGUAUCACUGCACUCGGAAAUUCUCACCUGGUUUUAUAUAAAAUUUUAUAGUCAAGCAAUUUUGCCAUUUUUGGAGCUCUUUUUUGUAAAGAAAGUGAAGAUGUCUGACUCCGAAUCGGAUUCAGAUCUGGCUGUUGAACAGUAUGAUCCAGAAGACAAUCUGAACGCUUAUGGAUCGCCAGUCGUACGACCUGUGGACGAAGAGAUUUUGGCAGUUGCACCUGCACGUCAAAAUAUUGAAAGUAAUCGAACUCAA